CACGCGCCUGCGCGCGCUGUGUCCGGCCCGGUGUGUGAAUGAUGGCGGCGUAUGUGGACAUACUGAAGAACGAGUUUCCACAGAUCGACUCAGAACUCUUCGAUUACAUCACCGGUGUGUUGGGCAGUGGCGGCUCAGAUUUCGAGGAUGCGGAGGACGUGUUUGAUGCCAUCGGUGGAUUUCUUCAGGAUGUUGGUGAUAAGAAUGAAGAUGAUAUUCGAGAGAUCUGCUUUCAGAUGUUCAGCUCUCUCCAGCUGACUAAAUGUAACUCGGGUCAGCAACAGAUGUUGUUGGACACUCCAGUGCAGUUAUCACAAGUGUCUGCUGACACAGCGUCGUCUGCUAAUGAAGUUCAAGGGAUCUGGAUGGUGAGGAGGAACCAGAAUACAACUGUGGAUGCCAAGAAACUGGAGAAAGCUGAAGCCAAACUGAAAGCCAAACAUGAGCGCAGAUAUGAGAAAGACUCACAGAAAACAGCUUCUCCACUGGUUUUGGAAGAAGCUUCGGCCAGUCAGGCAAGCAGUAAGAAAGACACUCGCGUGGACUCAUCUGGGAAGAAUCGCAGUUAUGACGUUCGCAUUGAGAAUUUUGAUGUGUCUUUCGGGGAGAGGUGUCUGCUGCAGGGUACUGAGCUGUGUCUAUCGAGCGGCAGGCGUUACGGUCUCAUUGGCCGUAAUGGACUCGGGAAGACCACUCUGUUGAAGAUGCUGGCGAGUCGGAGUCUGCACGUUCCCUCGCACAUUACUAUCCUGCAUGUGGAACAGGAAGUGGCGGGAGACGAUACGAUGGCCUUACAGAGCGUUCUAGAGAGCGACAGUGUUAGAGAAGGACUGCUGAAAGAAGAGCACUUGCUGAACGCACACAUCGCCAAUGGAACUUCAGACGGGUUAGAAAGUGUUCGGCUUUCAGAAAUUUAUGCCAAACUGGAAGAAAUUGAAGCAGACAAAGCACCAGCGCGAGCUUCAGUCAUUCUGGCUGGUUUAGGUUUUUCACCCAAAAUGCAACAGCAAGAAACCAAGGAGUUUUCUGGAGGUUGGAGGAUGAGGUUGGCUUUAGCACGAGCCCUGUUUGCACGGCCUGAUCUGUUGUUACUAGAUGAGCCCACAAACAUGUUGGACGUCAGAGCCAUUCUUUGGCUGGAGAACUAUUUACAAACGUGGCAGUCCACUAUUCUCGUGGUGUCUCACGAUCGUAACUUCCUGAACGCAGUGGUAACUGACAUCAUACACCUGCACUCACAGCGUCUGGAGAGUUACCGCGGUGAUUAUGAGAACUUUAUCAAGACUAAAGAAGACCGUUUGAAGAACCAGCAAAGAGAAUAUGAAGCUCAAUUACAGUACAGAGAACACAUACAGGUGUUUAUUGACCGGUUCAGAUAUAACGCCAACAGAGCUGCACAGGUGCAGAGCAAACUCAAACUACUGGAGAAACUGCCUGAACUGAAGCCCUUAGAGAAGGAGUCUGAGGUCGUCUUACGUUUUCCGGAUAACUUUGAGAAGUUGUCUCCUCCCAUCCUGCAGUUGGAUGAGGUGGAGUUCUACUACACACCUGACCAGCGGCUCUUCACUGGACUCUGUGUUUCUGCUGAUCUGGAGUCUCGCAUCUGCAUUGUUGGUGAGAAUGGAGCUGGUAAAUCAACUGUACUGAAGCUGCUAAUGGGAGAACUGACACCCAUCAACGGUACCAGACAUGCCCACAGAAACUUGAAGAUCGGUUAUUUCAGUCAACAUCAUGUGGAUCAACUGGACCUGAAUGUGUGUUCUAUAGAGCUGCUGCUGAAGAGAUUUCCUGGUCACACAGAGGAAGAGUAUCGUCAUCAGCUGGGGCGAUACGGCAUCACAGGAGAGCUGUCUACAAGACCGGUGGCAAGUCUUUCAGGAGGACAGAAGAGCCGUGUGGCUUUUGCUCAGAUGACCAUGCCCAGCCCCAACUUCUACAUUCUGGAUGAACCAACAAAUCAUCUGGAUAUGGAGACAAUUGAGGCCCUAGCAAAAGCCCUCAACAUAUUCAAAGGUGGUGUGGUUCUGGUGUCCCACGAUGAGCGUCUGAUUCGGCUGGUGUGUAAGGAGCUCUGGGUGUGUGAGAGCGGGCGAGUCCAGCGUGUUGACGGAGGUUUUGAUGAGUACAGGGAUAUCUUACAGGAACAGUUUCGGCGAGAAGGGUAUUUGUGAUGUGCCUGGAGUUUGCUGCUCACCUGCUCUGUUACAAACAUCGUAACUGCCAUCUGACACAAGCAUCCACUGUCCCAGCAGCCAGCAAGUUGUUCUUAAACAUAUUCAACUUCAAACUCCCCAAAUCACCGGAUGCUCACUGAACUUUUGUGUAAAUCAACAGUUUGAAGGUGACAAAGGCAAGGCGGACAGAUGCACUAACAGAUGUUAUACUCAGAGCAAGCACAGAUCAUGUCGCCCCAGGAUGAAUUUGAACCCACGACAUCCCAUUUUAGAAUUCAGUGUACCAUCCACUACACUACGCAGCCACAUACUCCACAAUGCUUUUAUCAGAUCACUCAAUAAUACAGUAAUAAAAAGAUAACUGUCCCAAAAAAAAUUUAUUGUCUUUA